AUGGCUUCCGGCCGAUGCAACAAUUGCGCCGGUUGCACACUUGCGCGUCAAAGAGCAGAACGGCAGGCUGCAAAGAGACGCAAAAUAUUGAACCCGAAAUGUAACUGCGAUUCCGACAUAGGACCUGAAGCAUGCCCAAUUGUGGCCAAGUGCAAAGAGCCCCUCGCUUGGUCCAUAUCUCCCUCUGAGGUCAAAGACCAAAGCAACUCUUCUCUCUACUCGCUCAUCCCGGCAGAGAUCCGAGAUUUGAUCUUCACCUUCGCUCUCAAAGACACGACAUCCUAUCCCAUAGACCGCGAGCCUGCAACACCCAACGAUCCAGGAAUCCGUCGAGAUCGCUAUUUUCAUCGUGGAGGCGGACGAAAAGCCUUUUUCUAUCCGUCCGAUAUCGCCUUCAACCUCCUCCUGACAUGCAAAGCGGUGUAUCUGGAGACAUACGAAAAGCCGCUGCGUGUAAACUCCUUUGUCAUUACCGAACUCUCAGAACCAUUGAAGAGGCAUUUCUUACUGCCCUGGCAAUUCGCACAGAUAACGCGAUUGGACAUCAAACUCCCGCAAAUGGCUCUGGAAAACGGAGGACUAAGAAACACGUUGAAAGAGUGGGAAGCACAGGCUCGACAUGAAAAUUGCUACGUUGUUCCCCGACAAGCUCUUAUUUUCCAGGAUUUGGAUGGCAGGAAGGCUGGAGAAUACCCCAUUUCCUUUGACAACGUCCUCAUACCCGCUGUUACAAAGACACCCGACAGACGACCCCAGUCCAUCAACGACGUGCUAGAUCGCGCACCCGUCCCAUCAAUUAGGGCACAGCCUUGUUCAUCCCACUCGCGCGUUUGCCUUGCGGGCAAGAUAACUCAUCUUACUCUACGCCUCACAGCUCAAGACUGGUGGACGUGGACCGACGACCCUGCAUCCACUGAUCCGCACCAAAACCUCCGUCUCGACCCUACAUUUGGCGCACCUUUUCGCUCUCGUGGAUCAACAGACGAAAUGAAACUACUAGCGAGCGAUCGCACAGCAGGUCAGCCCCCGAGUCUUAGUGCAGAGUGCUGGGGCACACACGUCACUUCUUUUUUACCUGAUCUGCAGGUCUUGGAACUGGUGCUGGAGACGUUCAAGGAGAAGAUAGAUCAAUUGGAUACGGUUGUGGAGUGUGCGAGGACCUGGGCGUUUGAUGUGGGCAAGGAGACGUUGAUUUGGGAUGGAGAGUCUGUGGAGAAGAGCUACACGAGGGAAAUGGCGGGGUUGAGACUGCCCAGGAAUGCGCCGUGGCAUGAUCGAAGUAGGGAUCUUGAGGUUAUGGUUGUGCGGUUUGUUAGGGAUAGGAAAUAG